AUGUCUCUUACAACUUUGAUGUUUAGGUCAAUUGUGAGGUUUCUAACAUCAUUAAUUGGUGAGCCUUCAACUUCAAUCCCAACAAUAUUAUACUAUAGUGGUCUUUUACCUCACAAUGUUGUUCUUUUGAGAAUGGUUCGACGUGAGAUGCUUCAUCAAGAAAACUAUCUCUUCCAUUUUCUUAUUAGCUUGAUGAGUUGCUUUUGGUGA